CUUUAAUUACCAAAACAUUAGGCACGCAUUGAGAGUAAUAAGUUUGACUUGCACAGAACAUAUUGAUUACACUAUUAGAAAACUGUGUUCAGUCACAAUGUUGAAAAAGGGAAUGAUAAGUUUAACAAUUUUACUAAUUUUACUUGGUGGUGAAGCCUUUGCUAAGUCAAAAGUUCAUGAUGUGUUUGAAGAAAUUCCCAACGAAUUGAAGUUUAUGUUAAAAGCUCUACACGACAUUUGUAGAGAUCAAUGUGGAAUUACCGAGGCGUCGAUUGAUGAGAUUAGGGUUGGUCAAUUGAAAAACGACAAAAAAAUAAAGAAAUACAUGUCGUGUAUCUGGCUACAGUCCACUAUGAUGGACGAAUUAGGAAAUCUUAAUAUCGAUCUCCUGCACGACCUAUGUCCUGCGUCACUAAAAGAUAAGGUGCCAAAAAUACACAUAGAUUGUCAUAAAAAACAACCAGCAAAAUCACCUUUAGAAGAUCUAAUAUUUGGAAUGGAGGAUUGCGUUUACAAAACGAACCCGGAGGCUUAUAUCAUGAUAUGAUUCGAAAUUGAAAAAAUAUGAAGCCGAUUUUUCUUAGGUAUAAAAUGUUUAAAUUCAAAAUAAAAUAAAAGCUGUAAACCAUCAGA